ACGUCAAUGGCAAUCGACCGAUACCUUUAUCGCACUAAGUACUACUAUUAAAAAUUAGAGAAAUUAUAUAAAUAGCCACCAAACUUAGCUCGUGUCUUAGUGAGUGCAAAAUGUCGCGUCCAACAUUGAUAAUUUUUAUGACUGUUCUAGUCUUCAGUUCCGGAGUGGAACUUCCAGUCAAACUUCCAGUUAUUUCCACCCAAGGCUUAAUUCCAGUCAGUGGUCUUCUUGGUGGCUUGGCCAAAAUUUUGGGCAAUGUUAUCGAAGCUCUGAAUGCAAUUAUCGCCUAUCUUAAUAUAAGCCUUGAUGGGAUCGUAUCAACAGUUAUAGCCCUUAUAGGCGAAAUUCUGCAAGAUUUAGUGGACACUAUUAACACCACAGUGUCCAACAUUGUGGCUUUCUUGGGCAAACUUCCACUCAUCGGUGAAGUUUUCUCCGAUUUAGACUCCAAAAGCCACGAAUGUGUUGCAUUAGUUAAAACCAACGUCUUCUUAGUAAACGCAGCUCCAUCAACACAAUGCGUUAUAAAAUUCCUGGACCCCACAGUUGCUAAACUACAGGACGUUUUGAAGAAACUCCGCGAAGUUCUUAAUUCUGUGACACUCCUCCUUAACGAGCUCAAGACAAAAUCGCUUGUUGACGCACUUUCAGGCCUUGCAGAUGGUAUUAUUCAACAAUUGAAGAUGCUUGUUGAUGCUGUUGUUGAUCUGGUGGUGUUUAUCGUAAAACUGCUGACCAAAGAUGCAAAAACACUAAUGUGUGUUAUGAAAGUUAUUAUGAAGCUUGUUGGAACACUGCUGUCUGAGAUUUUUGGUUAUUUGAGCUGUCUUUUGGGUUAAAUAAAUUUUUUAGUGUUUUAAA